ACUUGACAGUAGGGAGAUCGCGGUGGAUCGGAGGAGGUGGAUGACCGACCGUGCUAGUGCUCUCACAGUGACACUACAAAGUUGGAGCGGGGCUUCCUUUUUUGAAGGUUCAGAUUCGGGUGUCUUUGCACGAUUUUUUUUGUCAUCACCUGAGAGAGCAGGUCUGGAAAGACUACCGAUGCGCCUGUGGCGCUUAAAUCAGCCGAGAGUUUCUUUGUGUGUUGGAUUUUUUUCUCUCUCUCUCAAUCUAAUAUCCUAACUGUCUUUUUGAGAUUUCGAGCUGAAAGUCAAAACCAGAUCUGAAAUGCAUCAGUCCUUCCCAUGACAGAGGCACAUCGGAGGGAAACUCCUGUGGCGCAGAGAGCUGAUGCGCUCGGACUCUCAUCACUUCCAACACCCACACUGCGCUCGAGCGGCGCUCAGAAAAAUCUCUUUUCCGCGCAACUUUUUUCAGUGUCGGCGUUAGACAUGUGGGGAAGAGAGGCGUCUGCGGGAGAGCUCUGAAUACACCCGAGAUCGGAGACUGUGCUCAGGGGGAGACGCGACUACGCUCAGCCGGAUCUGCUCUAACUUCACGAUGUCAGCGUUGCGGAAGAAAUUCGGGGACGAUUUCCAGGUAGCGACGACGUCCUCGAGCGGCGGCGCGUUCAAGCAGGAGAAGAAGAAGAAGCGCCAGCGCUUCGUGGACAAGAACGGCCGCUGCAACGUGCAGCAUGGCAACCUGGGCGGCGAGACGAGCCGCUACCUGUCGGACCUCUUCACCACGCUGGUGGACCUCAAGUGGCGCUGGAACCUGUUCAUCUUCGUGCUCACGUACACGGUAGCGUGGCUCUUCAUGGCCUCCAUGUGGUGGCUGAUCGCCUUCGUGCGCGGUGACCUGGAGCGCGCGCGCGACGAUAAGUACACACCGUGCGUGGCCAACGUGCACAACUUUCCGUCCGCCUUCCUCUUCUUCAUCGAGACCGAGGCCACCAUCGGCUACGGCUACCGCUACAUCACGGACAAGUGUCCCGAGGGCAUCAUCCUGUUCCUCUUCCAGUCCAUCCUGGGCUCCAUCGUGGACGCGUUCCUGAUCGGCUGCAUGUUCAUUAAGAUGUCGCAGCCGAAGAAGCGCGCCGAGACGCUCAUGUUCAGCGAACACGCGGCCAUCUCCAUGCGCGACGGCAAGCUCACGCUCAUGUUCCGCGUGGGCAACUUGAGAAACAGCCACAUGGUGUCCGCGCAAAUCCGAUGCAAACUUCUCAAAUCUCGGCAGACUCCUGAGGGCGAAUUCCUGCCUCUGGACCAGCUGGAGCUGGAUGUUGGUUUCAGUACAGGAGCUGAUCAGCUGUUUCUAGUGUCACCUCUCACUAUCUGUCAUGUGAUCGACUCGAAGAGCCCGUUCUAUGACCUUUCCCUGCGGUCCAUGCAGACUGAGCAGUUUGAGAUUGUGGUGAUCCUGGAAGGCAUUGUGGAGACCACAGGCAUGACCUGCCAAGCAAGGACAUCAUACACAGAGGACGAGGUCCUCUGGGGUCAUCGCUUUUUCCCAGUCAUCUCUCUUGAGGAGGGCUUCUUCAAGGUAGACUAUUCGCAGUUCCAUGGUACUUUUGAGGUACCCACGCCUCCACACAGUGUCAAAGAGCAGGAGGAGAGCUUGCUGUUGUCCUCGCCGCUCACCGCCCCCUCACUCUGCCACAGCACGGGAGGUCUGACCGAAGGCAGCAGCACUGUGGACGGUCUGGAAGCUUUUCAGAGCGAUACAGAGACCGGCUCAAUGAACAUGGCCGCCCCAUUAGCCAGCACCAAGCUCCCGGCUAAGUUACAGAAGCUUACAGGAAGGGACGGCAUGCCACGCAAGCUGAUGCGCAUGAGCUCUGAGAUCACGUACAACCUGGGCGAGCUGCCCGUCAAGCUUCAGCGAAUCAGCUCUGCCCCUGGGGUAGCCGAGGACAGGCUGCCACCGAUCAGCUCGUUGCUCAGCCCGGUGGAGGACAAGCUGACUUCCAGGCUAGGUCUGAUUGGGGGAGGCAUUGACCCCAUCAGCCAAUCAGUGACAGACCUGCCACCCAAGUUGCAGCGGCUGGCCGGAGGGAUAGGAGGAGUCGGGGUUGGAAUCGGAGGAAGAAUGGACGGGCACCUGCCUCCCAAACUGCGAAAGAUGAACUCCGAGAGAUUUACAGGGUUAAGUCUGAAAUGAACACCCCUCACUUUCAGUACUUCAUUUACCUCCUUUGUAAACUGGACAAUAAUGUUAUAUAUGGAACAAUUUAUAUAUGAAUAUAACUUUGACCUAAUAUUGCUUAACACAAUCUGGCAUGUUUUUUUUUUUUUUUUUUUGUUUUUUUUUCACAAAGAGCAUGAAAUACAGGCACAUAUCCAAGACAUUAUUCAUGAGCAUAAAAAACAUUAUUGAACACAUAGUCUACAGCUUUUAGAUUACUCACUAUUCUUAUCAAAUGUUAAUUAUUAUGUUUUAAUGACGCAGCAUACAUAGUCAAAUGUUCUUGAUGGUCUCUAUUCCUCGAUUUCUGGUAAGAAAUCUAGGAAGUCAGUCAGUGACUCCUUGUGUGCCUGAUUUAGCCGUCUUUCUUUCUGUCCGGUGUUGGCUCCAACAGUUAAGGCUCCGGGUUACUAAUCAGAAGGUUAGGGGUUCAAGCCCCCUGUGCCGCCCUGUUGCCACUGAUGAGCCCUUGGGCAAGGUGCUCAACCCUGUCUGCUCCAAAAGAGCUGCAUCCUGGCUGACCUGGCACUCUGGCCCCAGCUUCCUUACUGGGAUAUUUGAAAAAAAUAUUCUCACUGUGCUGUAAGGUAGAUGUGAGAAAUAUUUUGAAUCUUAAUCUUAAAUUUGAUGUUCUUCAUCUAUUACACAAUAACCACAAAUCACUUUUUAAUAUCAACAAGUCAUUUCCAAUAAAUUAAUUCACUUCUGACAUUUCAAUAUCCAACAGAUUGCCUCAAGCUCGUGAUUACUUUAUUGCAUGUUCAGUAUCUAUUCAUAACCAAAAACAUAUGAUCUCAAAUCUAAGAAUAAGCCUUAACUUGUAUGAUGUUUUUGUUAAGGAUUGUAUUUCUUUGUUUGAUGUGUGACAGGGCACAUUCAUAUGUGAUGGCCUGCUUUAUUGGAUAUGAGUCUAGAGCAUAAAAUUGUGUUUGUUUUUCACAUAUUUUUUACAACUAUCUUCUCUUCUAACCUUGUAAUGGUAUCGUUAUGGUUUUGUGUUUGAAAACUGAAGCAAUAAUCCUUCGGCUUUUCAUGAUACCUUGGACUCUACAAUCUUGUACUUGUGUUAUGUUAAUGUUUCAGUUUCAAUACGUUAAGAACCACGACUGACCUGAACCUGAACGCGUCAAAUUAUGGAGUUUAUAAACCCUGGAAUAAAUGAUGUUGCACAAAUAUAAGUGUCUGAAUCCAGAUGGUGGACGGUAGACAGCUUUCCAAAAGACGACGUCUCUUACUUAACUAUCACUUUUGCUUACUUAAAUAUCACCUUUUGGCAAUAUUGGCCAUUACGUACUACCAUUACUAGAUUUGUCUUCUAAAACGGAACUGCAUGAUGCACUUUUUUUUUAGAAGGUGGAAAGCAAAAUACCAUAAAUCACUAAAUCAUUUAAUCGUUCAACGUACACCAUUUUUAAAUGAAUGCUACUUAAAGAGAAUAUUAAUCAGACAUUGUUAAUUGUGACUAGC